AUGAAAUUCGGCCGCAAUUUGCCGCAAUUCACGGUUCCCGAGUGGAGUACCUCGUACAUCAAGUACAAGGCCCUGAAGAAGCUUAUCAAGUCUGCUGCUGAGCAGAUCAAAGCGGGACAAGAUCCGGAUUUGGCUGGUUUCUUCUACAACCUCGACCGAAAUGUUGAAGAUGUUGACUAUUUUUACAACAAGAAAUAUGCCGAGUUUGCCCGCCGUUUGAAGCUACUCGAGGAGCGCUAUGGUUAUUCCAUGGAGGGUCGCCAUCCUCUCGAACCCGAGGAUCGGCAUGACCUGCGCGAGGCCCUUUUGGACCUACGGUACCACUUGCGCCGCUUACAAUGGUAUGGUGAAGUCAACCGACGUGGCUUCGUCAAGAUCACCAAAAAGUUGGACAAGAAGGUUGGUGCGCAAGCCCAGAAGCGUUAUCUAGAGACCAAGGUCGACCCCACUCCGUUCGCCUCCAAUGAACGCGUCUUCAAGUCUCAGGAUCGCAUUAAUGCUUGGAUGGCCAUCAUUACCGAUCAGUCCAAGGCUGACGAUAAGGUGUCCGAUGACGCGAGCUCUACCCAUUCUUCCCUUUCAUUGAAGCGUGGCUCAACUAGGCCUUAUCUUAACCUGCCUACCAGCAUUGUUACUGCUGUGGAUGACGCACUGCGUAAGGAUGACACUCACGUCUUGCUCGAAUUACUCGAGACUUUGAAGGUUACUGCAGAUGAAGCGGGAGAGACGGUUUAUCCUAGGGUUCUCAGAACUCUCAUUCAGCGCUCUAUCCUUCAUCGUUCGCGGGCUGCUCUGACCCUUCUCCUGACUCGGGUUGACACCCUAGAAGAGGAUGAUGAUAUCAACAGACGUAACUGCCUUCACCGUCUGGUUAUCUCCAUUGGCCGCGAGCAACCCACGACAGACUCCGAGCCAGCGGCGUCGAUGGUGCUCAACUUCCCUCCGGAGACUACCCGCUAUAUUACGCCCGCGGCACCUCCAACCCUCCAACCGCCGCGUCCUGUGGUUAAAGAGGAGCACAUGCCCCAGCAGCUGGCUCGCGAUGAUUCUGCUGUUGCUCACUUCCAUUUCCUAUUGGACUCGCUGCGGCCCGACCAGCGUGAGUCUUUGAUGGCCAAGGACCUUUCUGGACGCACUCCAUUGCACUACGCGGCACAAUAUGGGUUCAAGGUCGUGUGUGAGGUGAUCAUUGAACAUCUCAUAGAAUGGGGCAUGUUCGAUGUCAGCGAUGGGAUUGACGGUCCUCUUUGGCAGGACAAUGACGGGUGGGCCCCGCUUCACUUGAGUGUUGUGGGUGGCCACCCCAAAACCACCCGGUGUCUCUUGGAUGCCGAAAAGGAGAAUGAUCCCUCGCCGGAACGAAGUAUCAUAAGAAAACAGGUCUCCAAGUCUAGUGCAGUAUUGGCACUAGCGACCAAGGCCAACUUUAUUGAUAUUGUCCAGCUUCUGGUAGAUGCCGGCGUGGAUAUCAAUUACCAGGAUGAACAGGGUGAGACUGCAUUGCAUGUUGCCGCCCGAUUUGGCCAUGACGAGUGUGCACAGAUUCUGCUUGAUGGCAGCGACGACCAGAAGGCAGACACAGAAUUAGCCGAAAAAACAUAUAGCUGGACGCCGCUAUUCAUUGCCUGUGUGGACGGAUCUCUUAGUGUGGCUAAAAUGCUAGUUUCCGCUGGCGCAGACGUGGAGCGUUUCGAUUCAUCUGGCUGGACGGCUAAGGAACACGCGGCUCUCCGAGGUCACCUCGACAUUGCCCGUUGCUUGGCAGAAGUUAGCCCCGGCCCUCCUGCCACUGAGCUCGAUUUUUCAUCGUCUACUCCAACCCUCCCUGGUUCCGAGUCCUCGUCGCCUCCGACUCAGUCGUCCCUCACCGAUCGCCGGUCGAAUGCGCCAGGCCCAACUUCUGGGGGUUCUGGUGUACGGACUACUGAGCCCAUUAAGACUUUUGGACACAGGUAUCUCACCGAUGAGAGCAUGAUCUUGGUUAGUCUCGGAACUAUGGACAUGCGCAAGCCGCUUGAGACAGUCAGCCUUGACCGCAUUCCGAUGGAAAAUGCACACGCCACCCAGCUAGACACAUCUUUGUCGAUGGUGAUAACUGCUAGCGGUGCACACGGUGAGCCAGAGGUGAUUGACUUGCCUGUGCAGGAUAAUAUCUCAACCGAGCCAAUUGUCUUCCACACUACCGAUCCCAGCAAAGUGCGUCUACUUUUCGACCUUGUCCCUACCUACGCAGGAUCGAAGGAGAAGAUCGUUGGCCGGGGUGUCGCUCUGCUUUCUAGCAUCAAGCCCACUGUGGGAUCGCACCGAAUCAACCUCAAGGGUGAUUCCACUGUUCCAAUUGUUGCCGCGAAUACCCUUGAGGUGAUCGGGUCUGUGACUUUCAACUUCCUCGUCAUCACCCCCUUCAAGCACCCAAAAAUGUCUAUUGCUGGCAACCAGACCUACUGGCGCUCGAUGAGCUCAACCAUGGUCAUUGGACACCGUGGGCUGGGUAAGAACAUGGCCGGCCGCAAUUCAUUGCAGUUGGGCGAGAAUACCGUGGAGUCCUUCAUCGCUGCAGCCAAUCUGGGCGCCUCAUAUGUUGAGUUCGAUGUACAACUCACAAAGGACCACGUGCCUGUAAUCUACCACGACUUCCUCGUUAGUGAGACCGGUAUCGAUGCGCCUGUUCACACCAUGACACUGGAUCAAUUCCUUGAGUUGGGCAUCGGGCGUUACCGCCAUGCCUUGCCUGGAUCCGUGAAAGCUACUGGCGAGGCAUCUGUGUAUGGCCCGCGCCCGCGCUCAAUGUCUGUCGGCGGCUCCGAGUACGACCCCUCCGAAUUGACCGAGAAGAUCAAGCACACACGCGACUUCAAGAAGAAGGGAUUCAAGGGCAACACCCGCGGCGAGCACAUCCAGGCGCCAUUCGCCACAUUGGAGGAAUUAUUCACGAAGAUCCCGAAACCUGUCGGAUUUAACAUCGAACUGAAAUAUCCCAUGCUCCACGAGAGCGAGGAGGAAGAAAUGGACACCUACGCAGUGGAACUGAACUCCUUUGUCGAUACCAUCCUGACGACGGUCUACGACCUGGGAGGCGGCCGCGACAUGCUGUUCUCCAGCUUCAACCCGGAUAUCUGUCUGCUGUUGUCGUUCAAGCAGCCUUCAAUCCCCGUUCUCUUCCUGAGCGAUGCAGGCGCCUCCCCGGUCGGUGACAUCCGCGCUAGCAGCUUGCAGGAGGCUAUUCGGUUUGCCUCGCGGUGGAAUCUCCUUGGGAUCGUCACCCAGGCUGAACCACUAGUUCUCUGCCCGCGGCUGGUCCGUAUUGUAAAGGAGUCCGGUCUUGUGUGUGUCUCUUACGGAUCACUCAACAAUGACGGCAACAACGUUGACUACCAAGUCGCCGAAGGCAUCGACGCGGUCAUUGUCGACUCCGUGCUCGGUAUCACCAACGGCCUCAUCCAGCGCCAGGGCAAGGGCGACCGCACACCAGGCCUAUCGCCCAAUCCUUCCGCCGUCAGUGACCAGGCAGCUGACUCGGCCAAGGGCGCUGUCAGGGUCCCGACUCUCGAGCGGGUGAACCAAACUAACCUCUCACCGGAUAUGAUUCCUUCAACCCUUCUUUAA